AAGACUUUCCUAUUAUCAGUUUCAUAUUCAUCAUCAGUUCAGGCUUGGUUUUCGAGAGCCCUAACAAGUCAACCGCAAUCGGAAUAUGUUUUGUUCAUGGCUGUAAGAUCGCACUCCCAAGAAUUCACCUACGAUGUGUUCCUCAACUUCAGAGGCUCAGACACACGCUAUGGUUUUGCUGGCAAUCUCUACAAAGCUCUGGAUGACAGGGGAAUCCACACUUUCAUUGAUGACAAGAAGAUUCGGGGUGGAGAUGAACUUGCACCAACACUUGUGAAGGCAAUUCAAGGGUCCAUGAUUGCCAUCACUGUGCUUUCUAUCACCUAUGCUUCUUCUUCAUUUUGUUUAGAUGAACUGGUUUACAUCCUUGAACGUGCUGAGGAAAAAAAGUUGCUGGUUUUGCCAGUUUUUUAUGACGUGGAUCCUUCUUUUGUGAGGCACCAAAAAGGAAGUUUUGGCGAAGCAUUGGCUUGGCAUGAGGAAAGGCUCAAAGCUGAUAAUAAGGAGAGGUUAAACCAUCACAUGGAGAAGUUGGAGAAAUGGAAGAUGGCUCUUCAUCAAGUAGCUAACUUGUCUGGCUUUCAUUACAAAUAUGGAGAAGGAUAUGAAUACAAGUUUAUUGGGAAGAUUGUUGAGUGGGUCUCUAGUGAGAUUAAUCGUACUCCUUUACAUGUGGCGGAUUACCCGGUUGGAUUAGACUCACAAGAGUUAAAAGUAAUGAAGCUUUUGGAUGUAGGAUCUAGUGAUGGUGUCCUCAUGAUAGGGAUCUAUGGAAUGGGAGGGAUAGGGAAAACGUCACUUGCUUCAGCAGUUUAUAAUUUGAUUGCUAGCCAUUUUGAUGGUUCCUGUUUUCUUCAAAAUGUGAGAGAGAAAUCACGCAAACACGGAUUGGAACAUCUUCAAAGCAUCAUUCUUUCCGAAAUACUUGGAGAUAAGAGAAUUAUGUUUGCAAGUGAGCAACAAGGAAUUUCAAUGAUACAACACAGGCUCCAAAACAAGAGGCUUCUUUUGAUUUUAGAUGAUGUUGACAAACAUGAGCUGUUGCAGACACUUGUUGGAAGGCCUGACUGUUUUGGUCCUGGAAGCAAAGUCAUCAUCACCACUCGGGACAAACAACUGCUGGCAUCUCAUAAUGUUCAAAAAACAUAUAAGGUGAAGAAAUUAAAUAAGAACCAUGCUCUUCAAUUGCUUACAUGGAAAGUUUUCAAAUCAGAACAAGUUUAUCCAGAAUACGAGGAGGUGCUUAAUCGUGCAGUAACUUAUGCUUGUGGCCUUCCAUUGGCUUUGGAAGUAAUAGGUGCCAACCUGUGUGGAAAAAGUAUACAAGAAUGCAAAUCUGUCAUAGAUCAAUAUAAAAGAAUUCCAAACAAUCGAAUCCAAGAGACUCUUAAAGUAAGCUUCGAUGCUUUGCAGGAAGAAGAGAAGAGAGUUUUUCUUGACAUUUCUUGUUGCUUCAAAGGAUAUAAAUUAACCGAAGUUGAAGAUAUACUUCAUGCUCAUCAUGGUGCUUGUAUGAAAUAUCAUAUUGGCGUGUUGGCUGAAAAAUCUCUCAUAAAGAUUGGUCAGUAUGAUUGUGUUACAUUGCAUGACUUGGUAGAGGACAUGGGUAAGGAAAUUGUCAGACAAGAGUCACCAGAAGAACCAGGGAAGCGCAGUAGGUUAUGGUCACCAAAAGAUAUAAUCCAAGUUUUGGAAGACAACACUGGAACAAGUGAAAUUAAAAUCAUAUGUCUGGAUUUCCCCUUGUUUGAAAAGAAAAUGGUAGAAUGGAAUGGGAUGGCUUUCCAGAAGAUGCAAAACCUCAAAACACUUAUUAUUAGAAGUGGAAUAUUUUCUGAUGAUCCCAAAUGUUUUCCAAAUAGUUUGAGAGUGUUGGAAUGGUGGAGAUAUCCUUCACAUUGUUUACCAUCUUAUUUUCAACCAAAACAGCUUGCAAUAUGCAAGUUACCCCAUAGUCUCUUUAUGUCAUUUGAGAUGGAUGGAUUAAGCAAGAAGCUCAGGAAUCUACGGGUUUUGAAUUUUGACUGCUGUGAAGGUUUAACUCAGAUACCUGAUGCCGUAUCUGAUCUCCAAAAUUUGGAGGAACUUUCAUUUCAAAAUUGUGUAAAUUUAGUUAGAGUUCAUAAUUCGGUUGGUUUGCUGGAGAAACUGAGGAUAUUGGAAGCUUCUGGUUGCAUCAAGCUUAGGAAUUUUCCACCCCUGAAGUUGACUUCUCUUGAAAAACUUGAACUUUCACAUUGUUCUAGUCUUGAGAGGUUUCCAGAAAUUAUAGGAAAGAUGGAAAACAUAAGGGAACUUCGGUUGCUAGGAACUCUCAUAAAAGGGUUGCCACUUUCAUUUCAAAAUCUAACUCGGCUUAAAAAGUUGUCCCUGCUAUUCUGUGGAAUUGUUCAGUUACAAAGCAGCAUUGUCAUGAUGCCAGAACUGACACUUAUUGAGGCUUGGGGAUGGGAAGGGUGGCAGUGGAUAAAGUGGGAAGAGGACGAAGAAAAAGAUGGCUCAAUGGUAUCUUCAAAAGUAGAAUUGCUUUGGGCGCCAAAAUGCAACCUGCGUGAUGAUUUUUUUCAAAUAGGUUUCACACGGUUUGCUCAUGUGAAAGAUUUAGACCUAUCGAACAAUAAUUUCACACAGCUUCCUGAAUGCAUCAAAGAAUGUCAAUUUUUAAAAAAGCUUGACGUGAGUUGUUGCAAGCAUCUUCGGGAAAUCAGAGGAAUCCCACCAAAGUUGAAACAUUUCAACGCAACAAACUGUUUAUCGCUGACACCCUCGAGUAUAAGCAUGUUCCUAAACGAGGAUCUGUAUGAGAAUCGAAAAACCAUGUUAGUUUUGCCAGGAUCUAGGAAACCUGAAUGGUUCAAUUACUUUUGUUAUGAACGUUCAAGUUCUUUCUGGAUUCGCAACAAAUUCCCCGGCAAAGUUCUUUGUCUUUUUGUUGCACCGAAGGAUGGAGACAUUAGUGAUUAUGUUAAACUCAUGUUGGUCAUCAAUGACAAAUUUUAUGCAUGUUUCUUUGAUAUCAAGUUCUUGAAGUUGGGAGCAGAACACACAUUUCUUUUCGAUCUACGAAAUUUAAUUUUCACCGACAAUCUGUAUAAAGUGCCUUUAGUGAAUGAAUGGAACCANCGUGCUGAGGAAAAAAAGUUGCUGGUUUUGCCAGUUUUUUAUGACGUGGAUCCUUCUUUUGUGAGGCACCAAAAAGGAAGUUUUGGCGAAGCAUUGGCUUGGCAUGAGGAAAGGCUCAAAGCUGAUAAUAAGGAGAGGUUAAACCAUCACAUGGAGAAGUUGGAGAAAUGGAAGAUGGCUCUUCAUCAAGUAGCUAACUUGUCUGGCUUUCAUUACAAAUAUGGAGAAGGAUAUGAAUACAAGUUUAUUGGGAAGAUUGUUGAGUGGGUCUCUAGUGAGAUUAAUCGUACUCCUUUACAUGUGGCGGAUUACCCGGUUGGAUUAGACUCACAAGAGUUAAAAGUAAUGAAGCUUUUGGAUGUAGGAUCUAGUGAUGGUGUCCUCAUGAUAGGGAUCUAUGGAAUGGGAGGGAUAGGGAAAACGUCACUUGCUUCAGCAGUUUAUAAUUUGAUUGCUAGCCAUUUUGAUGGUUCCUGUUUUCUUCAAAAUGUGAGAGAGAAAUCACGCAAACACGGAUUGGAACAUCUUCAAAGCAUCAUUCUUUCCGAAAUACUUGGAGAUAAGAGAAUUAUGUUUGCAAGUGAGCAACAAGGAAUUUCAAUGAUACAACACAGGCUCCAAAACAAGAGGCUUCUUUUGAUUUUAGAUGAUGUUGACAAACAUGAGCUGUUGCAGACACUUGUUGGAAGGCCUGACUGUUUUGGUCCUGGAAGCAAAGUCAUCAUCACCACUCGGGACAAACAACUGCUGGCAUCUCAUAAUGUUCAAAAAACAUAUAAGGUGAAGAAAUUAAAUAAGAACCAUGCUCUUCAAUUGCUUACAUGGAAAGUUUUCAAAUCAGAACAAGUUUAUCCAGAAUACGAGGAGGUGCUUAAUCGUGCAGUAACUUAUGCUUGUGGCCUUCCAUUGGCUUUGGAAGUAAUAGGUGCCAACCUGUGUGGAAAAAGUAUACAAGAAUGCAAAUCUGUCAUAGAUCAAUAUAAAAGAAUUCCAAACAAUCGAAUCCAAGAGACUCUUAAAGUAAGCUUCGAUGCUUUGCAGGAAGAAGAGAAGAGAGUUUUUCUUGACAUUUCUUGUUGCUUCAAAGGAUAUAAAUUAACCGAAGUUGAAGAUAUACUUCAUGCUCAUCAUGGUGCUUGUAUGAAAUAUCAUAUUGGCGUGUUGGCUGAAAAAUCUCUCAUAAAGAUUGGUCAGUAUGAUUGUGUUACAUUGCAUGACUUGGUAGAGGACAUGGGUAAGGAAAUUGUCAGACAAGAGUCACCAGAAGAACCAGGGAAGCGCAGUAGGUUAUGGUCACCAAAAGAUAUAAUCCAAGUUUUGGAAGACAACACUGGAACAAGUGAAAUUAAAAUCAUAUGUCUGGAUUUCCCCUUGUUUGAAAAGAAAAUGGUAGAAUGGAAUGGGAUGGCUUUCCAGAAGAUGCAAAACCUCAAAACACUUAUUAUUAGAAUUGGAAUAUUUUCUGAUGAUCCCAAAUGUUUUCCAAAUAGUUUGAGAGUGUUGGAAUGGUGGAGAUAUCCUUCACAUUGUUUACCAUCUUAUUUUCAACCAAAACAGCUUGCAAUAUGCAAGUUACCCCAUAGUCUCUUUAUGUCAUUUGAGAUGGAUGGAUUAAGCAAGAAGCUCAGGAAUCUACGGGUUUUGAAUUUUGACUGCUGUGAAGGUUUAACUCAGAUACCUGAUGCCGUAUCUGAUCUCCAAAAUUUGGAGGAACUUUCAUUUCAAAAUUGUGUAAAUUUAGUUAGAGUUCAUAAUUCGGUUGGUUUGCUGGAGAAACUGAGGAUAUUGGAAGCUUCUGGUUGCAUCAAGCUUAGGAAUUUUCCACCCCUGAAGUUGACUUCUCUUGAAAAACUUGAACUUUCACAUUGUUCUAGUCUUGAGAGGUUUCCAGAAAUUAUAGGAAAGAUGGAAAACAUAAGGGAACUUCGGUUGCUAGGAACUCUCAUAAAAGGGUUGCCACUUUCAUUUCAAAAUCUAACUCGGCUUAAAAAGUUGUCCCUGCUAUUCUGUGGAAUUGUUCAGUUACAAAGCAGCAUUGUCAUGAUGCCAGAACUGACACUUAUUGAGGCUUGGGGAUGGGAAGGGUGGCAGUGGAUAAAGUGGGAAGAGGACGAAGAAAAAGAUGGCUCAAUGGUAUCUUCAAAAGUAGAAUUGCUUUGGGCGCCAAAAUGCAACCUGCGUGAUGAUUUUUUUCAAAUAGGUUUCACACGGUUUGCUCAUGUGAAAGAUUUAGACCUAUCGAACAAUAAUUUCACACAGCUUCCUGAAUGCAUCAAAGAAUGUCAAUUUUUAAAAAAGCUUGACGUGAGUUGUUGCAAGCAUCUUCGGGAAAUCAGAGGAAUCCCACCAAAGUUGAAACAUUUCAACGCAACAAACUGUUUAUCGCUGACACCCUCGAGUAUAAGCAUGUUCCUAAACUAGGAUCUGUAUGAGAAUCGAAAAACCAUGUUAGUUUUGCCAGGAUCUAGGAACCCUAAAUGGUUCAAUUGCUUAAGUAAUGAACCUUCAAGUUCUUUCUGGAUUCGCAACAAAUUCCCUGGCAAAGUUCUUUGUCUUUUUGUUGCACCGAAGGAUGGAGACAUUAGUGAUUAUGUUAAAGUCAUGUUGGUCAUCAAUGACAAAGUUUUUGUAUGUUUCUUUGAUAGGCUCAAGUUCUUGAAGUUGGGAGUAGGACACACAUUUCUUUUCGAUCUACGAAAUUUAAUUUUCACCAACAAUCUGUAUGAAGUGCCUUUAGAGAAUGAAUGGAACCAUGUGAAGGUUAUAUAUUUUGAUCGAAAGCAGCCUCAAUCUAUAAAAAGCGGAAUCCAUGUAUUCAAGCAGGAAAGUAGCGAUGAAGAUAUUAUGUUCACUGAUCCUUAUGCAAAGAUACGUGAGAAGGAGAAGGAAGAAAGGCAUAAUGUAAGGAUGCAGAGCUGGCAGGGGUAUAAAAUUGUUGGGAAUCCAAGUGUGAGUCUAAGUCCCACAUUGGAGAGAAAUGAGAAAGUAGAGUGGUUUAGAAGAAGGAAGACCCAUUAACUCAUUGUCUUAAGGUUUUUGGUGAAGAAUGGUGU